CCCGAGCUAGUGUUCAGUGCAGACAGCGAUGAUGAGGGUUCUCCGACUACCCCGGUGCGACGUCCCAGCGAGACGAGCACUGUGGAUGAAGCCCAGGUAAACUACCAAGUCCUGAGAAACCAUCCGUCACCGGACGAGACCUCAACAUCCACACUCGGAGAAGACUUCAAGUCAUACAAAGUAAAUCUUCCUAAAGAGAUCGACGAUGCCUCUACUACAUACGAUGCCAACUCCAUACUCUUCGACGAGACUUCCAUAGCGCCUAGCGAGAUGUCGGUAUACUGUGGCACACUGAAGAAGAAGAAGACCAGGAGCAAGGAGGAGAAGCAGCUGAGGGACUUCGACAUGUGGCAGGCUAGCAAUGUGGAGGUUAUGCAGAACCUCCUAAGCAGAAGUGGGACUCUAGACGAGCAAAUCAAGUGGGAGGCUAUUGCGACAGCUCGCGGACUUUGCACCCUGACCGACAGCUGCACCUGUGGCGACUGUACCGGUGCCAAGUACCUGGCCGGAGUCGCUGAUGGCGACGGGGGGCUUGGGGCAGCGCCACUCUUCAACGCUAUUAGUGUCGGAUGCCAGAUACAGUGAACGGUGAACGGUAAACGUGGUGGUGGCGGUUAAGGCGAGCUAGGUUUGAUUUUAGAUCGAAGGCAAUUAAGUCUCAGCUUUGCUCGGUUAUAACCAUCAAUUCUUGAUAUUGGGAGCAUUGCAGUUUUCUAACGAAACGAUGUUUAGGGUCGGAGAAGCUUUUGAUUGGAAGGGGGUAUUUUCGAAUCUUGAAAUGGGUCUCUAACUAUUUUUUAAGCUAUCAGCUUAAAGAUUGAUA